AUGUCACGAAAAUAUUCCUCAUGGGCAUUAAAUCAACCUUCUAUACAUCCAGAAUUAACAAAUAUGAUGAGAUUAACAACGGUAGCGGGUAAUGAACAAGAUCAACUUAAAAAUUUUGAAAGAGUCGAAGCUAUUCCUCAUAUGUAUAUUAAUGUUGAUGCACCACCACCACCAACGGCGCCAUCUGCUAUACCACCACCAUCAAAUCUUCAAACAAAAAUAUGGCCAAUUGAAAAACCUUCAAGAAAUCCAUCCGCAUUUGAUAGUGGAUCAACAACAACAAAACGAGCUCAUAAACAUAAACAUCAUCAUCAUCAUCACCAUCAUCAUGCUGAUAAACAUCAUCAUCAUCGACAUCAUAGUCGACGACAUCGUGCUAAAAGUGCUGAAUCAAUUCGGAAUCGACAACAUCGAACAUCACUUUCAUCAUCAAAGAUUAUGCUUGCUAAUCCACAAUAUAUUGAACAAGAUCAACAACAACAACAACAACAACAACCAAUGAUUGUCUAUCGUGAAUUAUCUAAUGGUGAUGGUUAUACUGUUGAUCAAAAUGGUUUUGCUACUGUUCCUUAUAUGACAGAAAAUGAACAAGGAAUUGUCGAUGAUCAACAAACACCUGUUGUUGUUUAUCGUGAUACUAAUCUUCAACAAACACAACAUCAGUCAUUAAUGUCUGAUGGAAUAUCUCAAGAUGUAUUCUAUAAUACAGAUCAAGACGGAACUAUAACCAAACAAAAUAUUCCUUUACAGCCUAUUGUAAACAAACUAAUUUCUCCUCGAGUAGCACCAGUAAAUGAAACUCAAGUUAACAGUUAUGCACGCUGUAUUUGUAAUCAAAUGCCUACAUCUAUGAAUACAAAUAUCAAUUAUAUUCAAGAAAUCGAGCGAAUCUAUAUUGAAGAGGAUUAUUCUUCUCCAUUAUCAAUUGUCAAUCCUAAUUCAGAUAACUGUGUUUUUCAACAAUCUGAUCCAUUCAUUUCUUAUCCACAACAACAACAUCAGCAAUCAUCACAAAUAGUAUAUUGUACUGAUCCUAAUCAACAAGAUUAUCUUUGUACAUCAAAUAAUCAUAAUAGCAUUAUUCAACAAUCUAUAUCACCACAACAACAAUAUGUUUGCGUCGAUAAUACACAACAAGCAAUGCAACCAACGAUUAUUAAUCAAAUACCUGUUUUUAAUCCAUUAGCAACAAAUGCAAAUUCUCAAUCUCUCGUUAAUGUACCACAACAAUCACUUCAACGUGCGACAAGUGUUGUUAUUCAACAACCACAAUCUCAGCCGUUACAAAUUUUUCAACAACCGCAACCGUUACAAGUUAUUCAACAACCUCAGCCGUUACAAGUUAUUCAACAGCCACAGCAACUGCAAGUUAUUCAACAACCACAACAAUUGCAAUUCAUUUCGAAUCAACAAACUCAACCUGGUCAAUUUUUACAAAUUACUCCGGCUACGCAACAAAUGAUUCAGACAAUCCAGCCACAAGUUAUUCAAGCUCCAUCUGUUCUUCAAACUAUUCAGAUGCCAGCUCAAGCAAUUGCAGCCAGUCCACAAAUUCUCUAUCAACGUCCGUAUGAUCCAGUUGUUGGACAAAUUCAAAAUCAACAAGUGACUAUUGCUAAUUCACCGCUAGUUGCAUUAAGUCAACCAUCUUAUGCACCUGCACGUAUUGCGCCAGUUGUGUCAGGAGGACAAUCACAAGGACCAAAUAUGUUUCGACAUGCUCUUCUACAAACUGUUGCUGGUCGAACUGGUGUGCCUCUUCCUUCAGCAGUAGCACCAUCAGGUGGCGGUGGUGGUGCUAUUCAAUUAAUGCAACCAACAGCUGGAGCUGCUAAUCAAAAUUUCAUAUUAGCUGGUAAUAUGCAACGAUCGGGAUCGGUGCCAAUCGUACCACUAACACCAGGUGGUUUACUCAUUCCAUUUCAGCCAUCACAGACAUCAGGAGGAGGAGGAGGAUUAGGACUAAGACGUCCUGGUGCUAAUCCAUCAAAUAUUCGAAAUUUUAAUGAUAUUCGACAACAUAUUCAGGAACAACGUGCUCAGAUAUUACAAAAUUUACAACAACAACAACAAAGAUAUAAUCGAAUACCAUCACCUCCUGUACUUUCUGCAGGACCAAGAAAUCAAGGUGGUGCAUAUCUACCAGGAAAUAGUAUUUCUGGAGGAUCAGCAGCGAAUAGUAUUCUUGGAGGAUCACCACCGAAUAGUAUUAUUGGAGGAUCAGCAGGUCAAAAUGGUCCAUAUUUAUUCAGAAAUGGUUACUCUGCAGGCGCUAGAUCAGGUCGAACACCUUUCCCAUCCGGAGCACCAUCAACAUAUGCACGACCACCUUCAAUAGGACUUAAUUAUGCACAACCCUCUUAUCAAGGUUCAUAUGCAGGAUCCAUUAGAUAA